GGCUGCGCUGAGCCGCUGGCUUUUCCCGGCGCGGCCGCCCGAGGCCGGCGAAGCCAUGGGCGCCGCGACCCCGCCGCCGCCGCCGCCGCCGCCGCCGCCGCCCGGCCCCAGGAAGAGAAGUUAAACUUUGAGAGAAACCUAAUGGACAAUCUCCACCACAGAUGGUAACACAAAAUAAUCCAGAUGGGGUGCAGGUGCUGUAAAAUGAUACAAAGCUAUCUCUUUGAUCCGGCUCAAGUGUCCUCCCCUGGCUAUGUCAACGAGGUGAACAGCUGCAAGGUGGAUGAAGGUGACACUGGUAAACUGAAAGGCAAAGAGAGCAGCCAAGUCCUCGUGCACAAAAAUGAGCUGCAGAUCCAGGGCCUGAAGAGGACGUCCAGCAGAGGCCGAGCCUGCGGCGGGCAGGAGACCCAUUGGCCUCCUCCAGGACAGCCCCCUCAGGGGGAUACGGCAGGGGGACACUGUGCCGGCAAGGCCGGUAGUGCCAUCAAUGGCAUCAGCCCUGCCCUUGCCCCCCUGAAGCCCACUGGAGAUCAUGGGCCCCACCAGGGAGACAGGGGCUUACUGCCUGCGAACAUCGUCGCCCCAACUCACCCCUUCCCAGAAAGAGGAGGCCCGGGACAACAGGACAGUGCGCUGCUGGCCUCUCAAGAGACCCCGGUCGUCCAAAAUGGGGACUCCAGAGCUGCUUCCAGGGCGGAAGGUCCUGCAUUGGAAGUACUAGACCAUGACCUCCAGAUCCCGGCCCCAGAUUACCCUCCCCUUUGGGGCUCUGUUGUAGACAAAGCUGAUCGGGAAGAAAAGGACUGUCUUUCCAAGAGCCAGACUGAGGAGGACCCCCUGGCGGGAACUCACCCCAGGGCAGGGGAGCACGGUUUGAACAUGCCCUUCCCCUUGAAGAGAAGUUGGGAUUCCUUGAACGAGGCCAUGACGACAGACGGCCUAAGCGUCUGCUUUAAAGAGGAGGCUGUUGUUCAGGCCAAUUCGAGAACCGAGCGGGAAGAUGCACGUGGCUCCCCCGGCGAGCCGGGCGGGGACGUGGAGGAUGAGGAUGCGGCCGUGGCCGAAGCCCUUGCGGCCUUAGAAGCAGCAACCGCCGGAGAAGACGUGGACAUGGACGAGGGAGAUUAGGGCCCUGAGCAGGUGGCGCAGUGCGCACGUCGGGUGCGCGUGCUCUGUGGACAGACUGGCGCCCCCCG